GGAAAGUAGCAGUUGGAUUCAAAGAUCCAAAAGAGGAAUCAGAGGUUCGUCGGGCGCCGAGGAUAUCCCCAAGUCGUCCAUUGCGACAACGGGACGAACUUCGUCGGAGCGAGCCGCCAUCUCAGCGCUUUGCGGAUCAGGCUCAAGGAGCAGGGAGACGCAAUUCGCGACUUCGCGUCAAAAAACGGAUGCUAAUUUGCGUUCAUACCGCCGCGAGCUCCUCACAUGGGAGGGCUAUGGGAGGCAGGUGUAAAAACUGCCAAGAGCCUACUCCUACGGGCGGUAGGCAGCGCGCUCCUAACCGCCGAAGAGCUCGCCACAGUCCUCGUCGGCAUCGAGGCCAUAAUGAACUCGGGCCGCUGGGAGCCAUCAGCCAAGAUCCAAGCGACGGCGAGGCCCUAACACCCAGGCACCUGCUGACAGGCGGGUCGCUCAUCGCCCCCCCAGCACUGCGGACUCCGGACCAGGAGAAUCUCAGUUGCUUGCGGCGAUGGCGACUUGUCUCGUCAGUCAGGCAAGCGUUUUGGCAGCGAUGGUCCCGCGAAUAUGUCCUGUGGCUGCAAAUUCGGGGCAAAUGGCACGAGCGGCAACCGAACCUCGAGGAAGGAGACCUCGUCAUCGUGGCCGAGGACAAUCUGCCGCCUCAGGAGUGGCUCGUGGGGAGGGUCAUCGCCACCCACGAAGGAGAGGACGGCAUGGUCAGGGUCGUCGAAAUAAGGACUAGCACUGGAGCGGUGUUUCGACGGGCCAUACACAAGUUGGCGCCGCUCCCAAUGUGUUGAAGCCGAUGCAGGCGUUCAACGGGGCCGGUGUUGCGUGACCUUCCAUCCAUGGCGGCGAUUAUUAGUUAUUAGAUCUUAAUUAUGAAGUCUAGUGUAAGUUAGGCUAGGGCAAAGCGGGAGCGC